AUGAUAACGCCACCGAGUGAGAACGAGAGUGUUGACGCGCAAACACACGUACAAACACCAAUUCCUCUAGCCGGCAGGAAGAGGAUUGGACUUGCAGGAACACCUCAAUCAACGAAUCGACUCAAACAACCUUUUCAUAUCACAUCAGGCGAAGAUAAGGAAAAUGCUCCUCCUGCGACACAGAGAGGGCGAUUAUAUGGCGGGACCCCUCAAUCUGUUGACAAAUUAGCUAAACCAUUUCGAUGUCCUGGUUCAGCAACGAUAACUCGAGCCUCCGUGAAACCUGCUCGAAAGCGGCGAAAGGUUGAUUAUGGAGGUGCAGAUGGUGAACAGGAAGAUGGAGAUAAACCCUGGACAAAUGAGGAUAGGUUGGCUCUCGCGAAUAGAGAUGCGAACAAGUUUCCUGUCUUCCAGGUUAAGGAUAAGGAUACUAUGUUUAGGAAACGAUUUUCGGUCCCAUUGAUAAAUAAAGAUGCAGGAGGAUAUAACCCUAAACGACCGCCACCAACACUUGGACUAAGACAGGGAGCGGUAUUUAUUGCGAAAGCUUUACAUGAUCCCAGUGGCGAGUUUGCGAUUGUCCUCUACGACCCUACAAUUGAUGAAAAGCCGAGGAGUAUAGAACAGGCCAAAAAGGAGGAAGAUGCCAAGAAGGAAACGGAAGAGAAGGAUGGUGAGCUUGACAAACCUGUACUCAAGCUUGACGCGCCAUUGGCACAUAAAAGUUUGGCAGAAAUAUUAGGAAUAAAAAAGGUUGUUGAGGGCGAACGACCUAAAGUCCCGGUUGUGAUUGAUCCUCGACUAGCAAAAGUUUUGCGACCUCAUCAAAUUGAGGGUGUGAAAUUUAUGUACAGAUGCGUUACUGGUAUGGUGGACGACAGGGCGAACGGAUGUAUUAUGGCAGAUGAGAUGGGUUUAGGAAAAACUUUACAAUGCAUUACUCUUAUGUGGACAUUGCUGAAGCAAUCUACUGAUGCUGGGAAACCUACUAUCAACAAAGCUAUUAUUGCUUGUCCGUCGAGUUUAGUCAAGAAUUGGGCAAAUGAGCUAGUCAAGUGGUUGGGUCCCGAUGCUAUUCAACCAUUCGCAAUUGACGGCAAAGCUUCAAAGGAGGAACUCAUCCAGCAAUUACGACAGUGGGCUAUAGCGAGUGGACGAUCCAUUACGAGGCCUGUUAUUAUUGUUUCUUAUGAAACUUUACGACUUUACGUUGAUGAGCUCAAGCAUACUCAAAUUGGACUGAUGUUAUGUGACGAAGGUCAUCGUUUGAAGAAUGGAGACAGUCAGACAUUUGUAGCAUUGAACAGUCUCAAUGUUACUAGAAGGGUCAUUUUAUCAGGGACACCGAUCCAAAAUGAUCUUACGGAAUAUUUCUCUCUUGUCAGCUUUGCCAACCCUGGUCUCUUGGGCACUCGAAUGGAGUUCCGUAAAAAGUAUGAAUUGCCAAUCCAACGUGGGCGAGAUGCGGCUGGUAGCGAUAAAGAUCGGCAAAAGGGAGACGAAUGUAUCAAAGACCUUCUUAACGUCGUGAAUAAAUUCAUCAUUCGCCGGACGAACGAUAUUCUCUCUAAAUAUUUGCCUGUCAAAUAUGAGCAUGUCGUAUUCUGCAGUCUCGCACCUUUCCAACUUGAUUUAUACAAUCAUUUCAUCACCAGCCCAGAUAUCAAAGCUCUCCUGCGAGGAAAAGGGAGUCAACCCUUGAAAGCCAUUGGUAUGCUCAAGAAACUUUGCAAUCAUCCCGAUCUUUUAAAUCUUUCCGAUGACCUUCCAGGUUGCGAAAAGUAUUGGCCCGAAGACUACGUUCCUAAAGAUGGACGUGGCCGUGAUCGUGAUAUCAAACCUUGGUACUCAGGGAAAAUGCAAGUCCUGGAUCGCAUGCUAGCGCGCAUCCGUCAAGAUACCAAUGACAAAAUCGUGUUAAUUUCCAAUUACACACAAACUUUAGACAUGUUCGAUAAAUUGUGUCGAAACAGAGGCUACGGAUCCUUACGUCUCGACGGCACCAUGAACGUAACCAAGCGUCAAAAGCUCGUCGAUAAGUUCAACGAUCCCGAUGGUCAAGAGUUCGUCUUCUUGCUAAGUAGUAAAGCUGGUGGAUGCGGACUCAAUCUAAUUGGAGCCAAUCGUCUCGUCCUCUUUGAUCCCGAUUGGAACCCUGCUGCUGAUCAGCAAGCCCUUGCUCGAGUAUGGCGUGAUGGGCAAAAGAAAGAUUGUUUCGUAUACCGCUUUAUUGCCACUGGUACCAUUGAAGAAAAGAUCUUCCAACGUCAAUCUCACAAACAAUCUCUUUCAUCUUGUGUUGUCGAUUCUGCGGAAGAUGUUGAGAGACAUUUUAGUUUGGAUUCGCUGAGGGAAUUGUUUCAAUAUAGGAAGGAUACAACGAGUGAUACUCAUGAUACUUUUAAAUGUAAAAGGUGUAAACCGGAUGGAAAACAGUUUUUGAAGGCCCAAGCCAUGAUGUAUGGUGAUACGAGUACGUGGAAUCAUUUUGUUAAUAGUGGAUUGGGGACGAUACAGGAUUUGUUAUUGAGGCAGGAGUGUGGAGAUGAGAAUGUUAGUGCGGUGUUUCAAUAUAUUAGUCAUUAA